UCCCCCCUCUCGACCGAGCUCACCAUUGUCCCGCGUAUAGCUUCAUUCAGCCCUCCGCAUCUUUCUCUCCCUCCGCUUCGGCCCUUCGAAAUACCCUCCAAGCCGAACACACCAUGGCCACGUUGCAAAUUCCUACGCGUGGAAAGACAGGAGGAGGAUCAGUGACCAAAGCCGUCAUUUUGGUCGGUGGUCCUUCGCGAGGCACACGAUUCCGUCCACUUUCGCUGGAUCUGCCCAAGCCUCUCUUCGAAGUCGCGGGUCACCCUAUCAUCGAGCACUGCUUCGCCGCCAUCACUCGCGUACCUGAGAUUCGCGAGGUCUUCAUCGUGGGCUACUACGACGAGUCUGUCUUCCGGGAUUUCAUCAAAGACUGCUCUCGUACCCACCCUCAUAUCAGCAUCAAGUACCUCCGCGAGUACCAAGCGCUGGGAACCGCCGGUGGACUCUACCACUUCCGCGAUGCUAUCCUCAAAGGCCGACCGGAUCGCUUCUUCGUGCUCAACGCCGAUGUGUGCUGCUCCUUCCCGCUCGAGCAAAUGCUCCGCCUGUUCGAGGAGAAGGACGCAGAAGCCAUCAUCCUCGGCACCCGCGUAUCCAACGAUGCGGCUACCAACUUCGGCUGCAUCGUCAGCGAUGCUCAUACUAAGCGCGUGUUGCACUACGUCGAGAAGCCAGAAUCCCACAUUUCCAACCUGAUCAACUGCGGCGUCUACCUCUUUUCCACGGAAUCCAUCUUCCCCUCCAUCAAGUCGGCCAUCAAACGCCGCGCCGACCGACCUCGUCUGCUGUCAUACCCAUCUUCCGACAACCUCGACGCCCAAUACACCCCUGCAACCGGUGACGAUGAUGACGACAACACCAAGAACGAAGUCAUCCGUUUGGAACAGGACAUUCUCUCCGAUUUGGCUGACAGCCGUCAAUUCUAUGUCCUCGAGACCAAGGACUUCUGGCGCCAAAUCAAGACUGCAGGCUCCGCAGUGCCCGCCAACGCUCUCUACCUGAUGAAGGCGUUCCAGCAGCAAUCAGACGAGCUCGCCAAGCCUUCCGCUAACAUUCUGCCACCCGUAUUCAUUCAUCCUUCCGCGCAAGUCGACCCCACCGCCAAGCUCGGUCCGAACGUAUCUGUCGGUCCUCGCGCUGUGAUCGGAGCGGGAGUCCGCAUAAAGGAGUCUAUCGUUCUGGAGGAUGCAGAGAUUCGCCACGAUGCGUGUGUGUUGUACUCAAUCAUCGGAUGGAACAGCAGAGUGGGAGCUUGGGCAAGAGUCGAGGGUACGCCUACGCCGGUCAGGGAACACAGCACGAGCGUGGUGAAGAACGGAGUUAAGGUGCAGAGCAUAACGAUCUUGGGCAAGGAGUGUGCGGUGGCGGAUGAAGUACGGGUGCAGAACUGUGUGUGCUUGCCGUAUAAGGAGUUGAAGAGGGAUGUCGCCAACGAGGUUAUCAUGUAAAGAGGCCGUUUUUCCAUCAUGGACGGAAUAUCUGGAACAUGCAAAAGUCGUUCACAAGUCACAUAGAAGAGAAGAAAAUUCGCAAGACGAAACAGACAAAACUCGACCGCUUUCUGGAGCUCUCUCGUUUCUUGCCUGAACAGUCCACAAAGAAGGUUUGUUUGACAGUCUUCCUCGCACUCUUGCUCAGACCCACUUGCAGGCAAUGGGCCAACGAAGGGCAUACAAUCGCUUCCCGUUGUACUCAAAACCGCCGCUUCCUCGGAAGAUAGGCUAUUCUUGCAAUCUUGCCA